AUGGCGGACGUGCGAUCGCUCCUCCGGAAUGAACUAGCUUCGCGCAAGGGCGCGUCGCAGCCAAAUACCACCGGCAACCGCGUCAGCAAAAAGCGCAAGGUCGACAACGGUGACGGGGUGAUGAGGAAGAAGCUGCGAGCAACAGAUCUCGAGGCUGUUCAAGCUGCGGCUAAUGCCCAAGCUUCCCAGGUACAGAACACGGCUGAGGAUGAGGUCUUGGACGCUAUCGACGAAGACGAAGUCGCUGGUCCAGAGCUUCCGACUCGAGAAGCAGGAGAUAUUACUGUACCGACACAACCAUCAGAGCCUGAAUUCAUACCCGUGACACGCCAGGAAAUAUUACAAACUGUGGAUGAGGACGAAUGGGCCGCAUUCGAACGUGAAGUCGCCGCUCCAACCCGCACGCCACAUGCUCCGGCGGCAAUCUCAGCGGAAGCCACGAUAUCCGCCGCUCCAGUGACAGCCGAAGAACUUGCCGCACAACAAGAAAGAGACCGGCUCUCAGCAGCAAAAUCCCGCGAGGCUGAGUUGGAGGGCGAACGAGAAGAUGCUGCUCGAUUUAUGGAGGAAGAGUUUGAUGAGAUGGAUCAGCUUGAGGAGCGAGUACGCAGGUUGAAGCAGAUGCGAGAAGAACUACGGCAGAAGCGAGCUGAAGACCAAGCCCGGGAUAUCCCCAUGGCCGAGGAACAACGGCCACAGGAGAGUGAAAGCGAGGAUGAAGAGGAUGACGAUUGGGAUGAUUGGCGAUUUAAAUGA